AUGCUAUCGUCAAGCCACUGGAAAGCUGCUACCACUAUCCACAAGGAUACCAAUAUCCUUAAGCCAGGAUACUUGUAUUCCUAUGAAUAUGAGGGAGAUACAGCUAGUGGUAUAUACGCAACAAGCGACAAAUUCGCUGGAUUAAUGUUCAAGGCUAAAGCAAAUAUUGGCAUUCCUAGCAAUAACUUGCGAAAAACUUAUCUAAAGUUAGAACGUAUGCAAGUCUUCUCCUUUAAUGGUACAUGGCCGCAAUCAAGUAGCAGUCAGUACCAACCCGUUAAAGUCUCCGACACAUUUUUAAAGCAUAUUCAUCAACCGGUCACCUUCGAUUAUGAAAAUGGCCGUGUAGGCAAUAUAUAUGCUCAACGUGAUGAAACUGAUGAAGCCAUUAAUAUCAAGCGUGGUGUUAUAAAUUUGUUCCAUCUUCCAGGUUUAAAAUCUAUCCAAAAACACCCUCAAAUUGUGCGCGAUCUUGAGGAGGGAAUUGAAGGCAAAUGUGAAUCAAUUUAUCAUGUUCAAGAGUCUAGUCCUCAAAAUUGGAUCAUCGUUAAAGCAAGAAAUAUGAAUAAUUGUUCGUGUUGCCCAAGUCGUCAACGAUCUAUUUGGAAUUUACGAAAUCAAUCUUGUGAAACUCAGCAGUCUAAAUUCUUGAGAUCCAAUGUUGUCACGAGAUAUCAAUUAAACAGUCAAAACAAACCGCAGUAUGAUAUCGAAGCCGUAGAAACGGAAGCUAGCCAUGUUUUCAGUCCAUUCCGUGGAGAUAAGGGCAGUGCCAUGACAGUAAUCAGGCAAAAGCUAAAACGAACAAGUCAGAAACAGCAAAGCAUUCCAUUGCCAGGAAACUUAGUGUCAAGAGGCCCCAUCGGUUUUCAAUUUUGGCCAUUGUCAAUCACUGAUAAUCCAGCUGAACCAAAUCUUAAUGCAAAAGAAGAGGCCUUGAAAAUGCUAGAAAAGAUUGCUGCAAAGUCGGAGAGUGAAGGAACUGAUCCAAUACCGUACUAUUUUAUUCAUUUAAUCAAUGCAUUGAGAGGAUUAAGCCAGACAGAAUUGCGUAAUAUAUACCAAAAUCGUAUUAGAAAUCCCAAAGAAAGGCAAUGGCUACUUGAUGCUUUAACUAGUAUCGGUAAUUCGGAAUCGAUGGUUCUUCUUGGCCAAUUGAUUAGUAGUAAGAUACUUUCUGAAAAGGAUGCUCCUCACAUUUUUAUUCGUAUACCAAUGGCUCAAAAUGUAACAGAACCCAUGGUAGAAUCGCUUUUAACUGUCUGCAAAUUACCUGAAGUCAGGAAUAGUAUAGCUAUGCAUCGAUCUUGCUGGUUGGCUUACGGUUCAAGUAUUUUCAAGAUGUGCAACUCCACGUAUAACUGGAAAAAUUGUCCCACAAAAUAUGUCCAAGUCUUGCAUACCUCGUUGAAUAAAGUAACUAGCAAUAAAGACAAAUUAUUGUGCUUGAAAGCAAUUGGUAAUGCUGGUUCACCAUCGAGCUUACCUGUUUUAGCUCAAAAAAUCAAUCAAACAUCGCUCAGUCAAGAUGAACGAGUGGCUGCCAUUUACGCUAUGAGAAGAAUAGCUAUCAUAGAGCCUAAAGAGGUUAUCUCGACUCUUUUACCGAUCCAUCUCAGCCAUAGCGAAAAUACGGAAAUCCGAAUUGCUUCUGUUGUUGUCAUCUUUGAUACUAAACCUAGUUUAGCAGUCUUGGAAUUAGUUGCUGAUGGUGUUCGAAAGGAAAUGGAUCAACAAGUAGCUAGCUUUGUAUAUUCUCAUCUAGUUGCCGUCUCAAGCAACAAAUUGAAAUGUUCACAAGAACUAGCUUCAAAUGCCUAUCUGGUGCUGAAGACCCUUAAACCUAUUGGUAAUAUGUUCCAAAGUCGAUCCUACCUGGUUUCCGCUUAUUCUAAAAUUUUGAAGAUGGGUUCUGCUAUCGAUGUUAAAAUGAUCUACGAUUCCAAAACGAAAGAACCAAGAAGUGUUUGCGUUAAAUUUAUAUCCGAUGCACUAAGCUAUACCACCAGUACUAUGGAGCUUUCUAAAUUCAUAACCAAGAUAAGCAAUGUCAACAGUACCUUUUACUUGAAAUAUUUCGGGGAUGAAGUGUACUUUGAUACUUUUAAUUCGACGAGCAUCAUUGAGAUUAUUAGCCAAUUGCAACGUCAAUCUAAGUCGGCUAAUGGAACUGCUUUUUAUCCUAGAUCAACUGAUUUAUUGUAUGGUUCUAUGGGCUUAGUCAGUUCUGCCAUAUCCUCUGGUAUUAAAAUCAAAUCUAGAGUAUCUCAUGAAGUCAGCCUGAUAUUCAGAACCACUGCCGAUAUAAGUACUGGAGAAUUUGAUAUCUACCUUCAGCCAUAUCAACAAGAAAAAACUUUGGUAAAACAUAGCUUGAAUAUUUACAACUAUGUCAGAGUACAAGCUCAGCAGCCUAGAUAUACUUCUAUAACCGAAAGUAAACUAUUAAAUCCAACUAAGUUCCCCGCAUCAUGCUAUGAAAUUAGUCCGGACGGCAGAAAACUCUGUCUUGAAGCAUUGUACUACCGGCCUACUAGAAAUUCUCCUUGGUUGCCAUUUACAGGACCGAUGCAAUCACGCAUUUGGAUCAAACCUAGUAGCGAGCCUCGGCCGAUACAUAUUUCUUAUCGACAUCUCCCAAGUUCUGAUAAAAUGAUUCGAAAAUCUAUGCUUGCAGUUCAAUUCCUAUCCAGAUAUCAGCGAGAGCUGCAUAUUAAAUAUGAUGGACACACUCAAAUGGCUAGUUAUCGCCUUACUGCUUCCGAUCGUAGCCAAGGUGGAAAGCAAAUAACAGUUGGCUGUGUUAUGAUUCAAUUUCCUGUUAAUAUGUCUAUGCCACUCUCUAUCCAUAUGGGAUAUAAUUGCUCGUAUGAUCAAGUAGUUAUAGCUUGUAAUAAACAACAAAAUUCAACCGUUUUUCAAGUCAGUGGAAAAACCAUAGGUACUACACUAUACGUCAACAAAAUUAGCGAUAUGAUGGCACCGUACACGCCAACCGAUUUAGCAGUUAUCACCAGGAAUUAUACCAAUAGGUACUAUCCAACCGUGGAUAUUGCCACUGAUGCUUUUACUCCGCAACAGUUUACACUAACAGCUAGAGCUAUAUUAACAAUGGAUUAUACCGAUAAACAAACCAAUAAACCAUCGUCACCAAUACAGGAGUCAAAACGAGGCGCUACCUGCUUGGUUGACAUUGGCACCGUAAAAACCUUUAAUAAUGCGACAUAUCACUAUUUAAAUCCUGGAGAUUGUCCUUUAACCUUAGCUACUGACUGCUCUGGAAACGGUAGAUUUACUAUCAGUGAAGAAUUAAACGGAGUUCAAAAAAUUGUUAAAUUGACUUUUAGUACCCAUGUGAUAAUAUUGAAGCCCAAUCGUGUUGUUUUGGUCGAUAACGAAAAGGUUAUAGUGAAUACUAAUCGACCCUAUAAUGAUCCAUCAAGGUUAUUCACUAUCACUUUGAGGAAAGAGCCAGUUCACACCUACGUUAUUGUUAAUGUCAAAAAUCACUUUAUCGUAACUUAUGGUGAGAUAUCGACUAAGAUUACCUAUACUGCAAAACCAUCUUAUCCCGUUUGCGGCAUGUGUGGCUAUGCAACACAACCCAAAGGAUUAAAUGCAGGUUAUAAUGCUAUUAAAGAAUGGAUCCAACCUAGUGCAUCAUGUCAUGGAGGUUGCCCAUUGAAACUUACGCCUAAAGUGGCUAAGGUUGGCAGUCAAGUCUGCUUUACAUCUCGUCCAACUUUAAAAUGCAAACCAGGCUGUACUCCAACGGGAAGUCUUGCAGUUCCACAUCAUUUAUUUUGUCCUGAUGCAGUGGCUGAAAAGGACUUAACUAAGCAGUAUAUCUCAAACCAACAGACAUUUAAUUAUGAGCUCCUACGUACUAGCUCAACAAGAGUAGUUCCGACUAUUAUUUCGGAAGAUUACAAAUGUCAGUGUUCACCUCUGUGUGAUUUGAUGCAUUAA